AUCUUAUCCAAUUGGAAAGCAUGUUGUUUAGAUGUAGGCGGAGACUACAUUUACAAACCGUUGUGGAUAUCUACCCCAAACACACCAGUUAUGGAUACAAGUUGGAGACGUUGCCUGGGUGAUCAAAAGCUAACCUCACGUCGUUGAUAACGUCAACAUGAAAAUGAUGUUUGAGAACAAUGAGAAUUUAAAGGAUUUUUCUCAUUUUAAGCAAGUAAAAAGGUCACGUAAUCUCCUAAGUUUCCAAGACCCUCAGAAAGGGGUGUUUCUCAGUUCAAACCAGGAGAGAGCUCUCAGCCGGACAGCUGAGAGAAGAUCUGUUGCUGACAGUCUCAGUCCCCACUCCAACUCUAAGUUUUCCACAGCAGGAAUGGAGUCUGUCUCUGCAAGGACAAAGGUGGGCUGUGUGCGACAAGAGAAUACUGGUCUAACCUUGCAUGAUGAGCAGCUCAUCCGUGAUCUGGAUGCUUUGCAGUAUGACUUGGCUACUUCCAAGCCGCAGGGCCGGCUCAGAGGCGUGAGGAUAGGGGUCAAUACUAGUGUGACCAGUUUGAGCCAAGAGAUUCGUCACCUUGAAGCAAAGCUGGAGGCUCAGACCAAAGAACUAAAGGCAGCAGAGCUGAGGGCGGAGUGUUGUCAGGAAGCAGCAGCUCACAGUGAGACUGUGGUGGAAACAUUAACCGAAGAGCUGGAGGAGCUCAGAGAGGAGCUGGACAGCGAAACUGCACUCGGACAAAGGACUGAACAACAAAGAAACCAGGCACUUCAAAAUGCUGAGCAACUCAAAGAAGCCUUUAAGGAAUAUAAAACCACAAUUUCCAUCAAGUUUAAAAAGGUAAUGGAAACUGAGAGCAAACUGAAAGAGAGUCUAAUAGAGGGUGACAGAGAGAAGGAAGAGCUGGAAACGAAGUUGUCUGUGUUGGGGAGAGAAAAUGCCGAGCAGAGUCAGACAAUCAACCAGCUGCAGGAGGAGUUGAGGCAGGCUAAGGCUGCAUCGGCCGACCUCCAGGUCCGCGUUGAAGAGACGGGACGAAAAGCCUCGCAGCUGGAGCGGCAGCUUGUGGAGCGCGGUGCAGAGUGCAGGGAGAUGGCCUCUCUGCGCAGGGAGCUGCAGGACCUGCAGACUCUGACCCAUAAGCAGGAGCAGAGGGGGGCUCAAAGCCACAGAGAGGCUCAGCAGAGUCAGGCAGAGCUGGCCAGCCUGGAAGCCAUACUGGCUCUGCUGCACCUGAGAGAGGGUGCUGCGGGGCCUUUCUGUGCCAGUCCAUGUAUGUUACCCUCGGUGGACUAUUCAGUAGCUGCACAGCUGAUGAAACUAAAACCAGGGGAAGGUUACCAGCAGCUGCUGCGAUUGCUGCAGACAAUGGAGGCUGAACGGCUGAAAAGCAGCAGCCUGAAUGAGCGACUUCAGGAGCGUCUGAGCCAAGCCCAGAAGGAGAUCUCCUCCCUGCAGAGCUCCAUGGCGCAGAGAGCCUCACACUACCAGAGCCUCCACACAGAGCUGCUGGACAAAGUCAGCAGGGCCUCUGACACAGAGAAGGAGUUAAAGAGAAAAAGCGCUCGAGUUGCUGCAUUGGAGAAACAACUGCAGGAGAAAACCUCGGCUUACAGUCAGGCUGCACUGAAGAACACAGAGCUGGAAAAUCAACUUCUGGAGAAGACUAAUUGUCUUCAACAAUCUCGGUCACUGAUGGGCAAAAAGCAGAGAGAGUACCAGCAGUCUCUGGAAAAGCUUAAACAGUCUCAGUCCCAUCAGCUGACGGAGCAAGAGCAUAGAAUAAAAAUGCUACAGCUCUCUGUAGAAGAGGCUCAGUCUCGGGCAUUGGAGAUGGAGCAGGAGUUGCGUUCACUAUACAGGGAGCGAGAGGAGGCUCAGAAAGCAGCUCUCCUGCUGGAGACCUCUUUACAUCAGCUCACACAGGAGAAGCAGGAUGAAGCCAGACAGAACCAGGAGUUGCUGCAGAGUUUCAAAGAGCAGGCAUCUCAGUCUGCUGCCAAGAUGUGUGAGCUGCAGUCGUCUUUGUCAGCCUGCAGAGCUGAGCUCAACACUUGCCUGCAACAGAUGGAGGAGGUGAAAAAGAACUACGAGGCUGAGCUGCAGAAGAAGAAUGGCAAGAUGUCCUCUCUGCAGGAGAAGCUCCACAGCGCCAUCCUGGCUUGUCAGAGCUCCAGUGAUGAGACCCUGCAGCUGCAGCUGUCUCUGCAGCAGCAGCAGACCAUGCUGACCGAGAGCACCGCUCGGGUUUCUGAGCUGGAGGAGAGCCAGAUCCAGCUGCAGAAACAGGUGUCCAGUCUGGAGCAGCAGCUGGAACGAGCUCAGACAUUGCUGCAGGAUCAAGUAAGAAACAGUGAGCGGGAUGCCCAGAUGGCUGAAAAAAUCCUGCAAGGGAUGAACCAGCAGAAUGUACAACUCUCCAAAUCUGUCAGCCACCUCACGUCAGAGAUGCAAACGUGUCGAGCUGAGCUGGUUUCUAAGGACUUGGAGUUGGAGCAUCUAAGGAACGAUGUUGCCACGAAGACUUCUCAGAUCAGUGGCCUGGAGGAGAGCCUGCAGUAUACAAAGAGCAUGGUUGAGGAUCUGGGGGAGAAGCUUCAUCGAUGUGAGGCUGAUCGGCUCAGCUGUAUCCGGCGAGUCCAAAGCCGGGAGGGGAGGUUGCAGGGAGAGCUGGCCGACACCUUGGAGAAACUACAGGAGCUCAAGGAUGCUCUGCAGAAAAACCAAACCAUCUCUGAUGAGCUGCAAGCCCAAGUGGACAAACUGACUGUUCAGCUGAGUGAGACCCAGAGGGAGUUGGAGGAGAGGACUCAUGAGGUCUUAGACAUGGACAACGCACUGAAAGAAAGACAGGGGGAGCUCCAACAGAGAGCAAAGCUGCUCGACCAGCUGAAAGUAGCCAUCAGGCAGCACAAACAGGAGAUGGAGAAGAAGGUGGAGUCUCUUCAGCGAAGCCUGGAAACCAGAGAGAGAGAGCUGAGAGACGCACAGACGCAGCUUGUAGACAGAAACACAAAGAAAUCACAGGAGCUCAGACAGCAGCUCUGUGGGUGUCAGCAGAAACUUCAGGAAGUUCAAGAAGAGCUUGAAGAAACCCAGCGUCACUGCGAGGCGAUGACCAGAGAGCUAGACAACUCCAAGCUGAUGACCAAAGACAUGGAGGCCCAGCUGUGUGGUGUGGAGGAGGAACUCGCUCUGAAGGAGGCACAGUGGCUGCAGGCGGAGGCCAAGCUGCAGAGCACAGUCACUGCUUUGAAGCAGGAGCUGGAGCUGAAGAGGGAGCAGCACAGCAGAGAGGUGGACUCUCUGCAGCAGACUCGAGGCCAGAUCCUCAAAGUCUCAGAGCAGAUCUCCACCACCAUGCGCUCCUCUCAGGAGCACCUCACCGUUAAGCUUCAGCAGAGCCAGGCCCAGCUCCAGGAAGCAAAGGCACACAGCGAAGAGACCAAAACCCAGUUGGAUUACACCCGGAGCCAAGUCAGUCAGGUCCAGACGGAGUUAGAGCAGAGUCGAAUCCAGCUCUAUCACAGUAGAACACAGCUGGAGCAAAGCAGAGUCCAGAACAACCAUCUCCAUGCCCAGAUCCAGCAGCUUACAUCUCAGUUAAAUCAUAGCAGGGUUCAGGUUUCUAACCUGCAAACUCAGCUCCACAUCACCGAGAAGUCUGUGGAAACCUCCUCUGAGUCUCUGCUCAUCAAGGAGUCUGAGGUGACCCGUCUCCAGGCCAAGAUAUCCAGUCUGGGACGAGCUGUGGACCGACAGAAUCUUUACAACCACACACUUUCUCUUCCUCCAGAUCACUCCUUCCCCGCUCACUCACCUCCUUCCUCCCCCAAAUACUUACAAACCCAAACACAACCCUCCUCGUCACCCCCUCCUCACACAUAUUUUCAGCCCACCUCAGCUCACCAGCUCUCUGAGCAGAUCCACAGCAGCAGCAUCGACUCCUCCUUGGACCUUCCUCUGAGCCCGAAGGCAACACUGAGGGAGACUUUGAACAAGCAGUCAUGGGAGUCUUCCUCAGCCUCCGUUUUGUCUUUCCUGGAAACGGCUGAUCAGAGCUGGCAGGGCCUCAACGCCACAGAGGCCACAGCAGUGUCCGACCUCUCCUUCAACCCACUCACAUACAUGGUGGAAAAACAAAGUGAUCCAAACAUGGAGGCUGCGUCAAUGCAAGGAGAUGAUGAGCUGGACAGCGAGUCGAGGAGGGAGUCUGCAAAAAUAUUGGUGGGUCAGGAGGAGGAGGUGGAUAUGAGCACUCUGACAGGGAUGCUGAAGUUUGUAAAUCAGACAUUAGCCAUGCAGGAAGACCCCUCUAUAAGAAGCUCCACAAACCCAACACAGACCUGAUGGAGGCUUACACUGCAGGGAGGUGUCAGACAGACCAGCUGCCUCCUCAUCCUCAUCCGUCCUCACACAUUUUUCUGUGUAUGAUCCUGAAUUUAUUUAAAGUUUUCAUUGAAUCUGUCCUUGUGUUUUUAUGUCAGUAAAAAUGAAUUUAUCUGACUAGUUCACAUCACACUGCUCUUUAGAUUUAUAUUAAAAGUAGCUUAUUUCAUGUUCUGUUGAUAGUUAUUUAUAAACCCAUUUUGACGAAGCAAAUUAAAGUGUUUUAAGA